AUGUCUGUGCUGCAGGAUCUAUUGGAUGAGGCCAGCAACAUGAAGUCGGCCACAACCAACUUGGUGGAUGACGUACAAAAAAUCAAGGAUCACUUAGCCAUGAUAGAUCCCUGUGGGUUUGACGAUCGGCUACGGACUUGCUUAAGUGACCAGCUGAGUUUGGAUCAUGAUGUGAAAGACUUAGAAAAGAGACUAAGCCUAUUUCCUUCUCCGGAAGAAAUGAACAAUAUGGUACGGUGGGAAGUCCUUGAGGAUGUCCUUGUAAAAGGCAAGAGAAGCCCAAGUCCUGAGACAAGUCCGGUCCAGCACUCUCCAACUGGCUCUACUUCCUCUCCUGAAAGCAGAACCCUGGGAUCUCCAGGCAUGCAGCCUCCUGGCUCUCACAGGAGAGAAGGGCCUCCAGGCACACAGGCCGGUGCACCCGGGGCUCCGAGAGGAGCAGGCGUCCCUGGAGCCCAGCCAGGAGGUCCCGGAGCCCGAGGCCAGCCAGGAGGUGCUCCUGGAGCACAAGCAGCCUACCUUGGGGGUCAACCAGGAGCUCCUGGGGCCUAUCCAGGUGUGCCAGGAGCACAGCCUGGAGCUCCUGGGGUCCAGGCGGCUCCUGGAACCUUCCCUGGAGCUCCUGGAGCACAGGCACCAUAUCCUGGGGCUCCUGGAGCCCAGGCACCUUUUCCUGGGGCCUAUCCUGGGGCUCCUGGAGCCUACCCUGGAGCUCCCGGAGCACAGGCACCAUAUCCUGGGGCUCCUGGAGCCCAGGCACCUUUUCCUGGGGCCUAUCCUGGGGCUCCUGGAGCCUACCCUGGAGCUCCCGGAGCACAGGCACCCUAUCCUGGAGCUCCUGGGGCCCAGCCUGGGGCUCCAGGGGCCCACCCUGGGCCCCAGAUGCCCUUUCCUGGGGCCUAUCCUGGGGCUCCUGGAGCCCAGGCACCUUAUCCUGGGGCUCCUGGGGCCUAUCCUGGGGCUCCCGGAGCCUAUCCUGGGGCUCCCGGGGCCUACCCUGGAGCUCCAGGAGCACAGGCACCCUAUCCUGGGGCUCCCGGCGCCCAGCCUGGGGCUCCCGGCGCCCAGCCUGGGGCUCCCGGCGCCCAGCCUGGGGCUCCCGGCGCCCAGCCUGGGGCUCCCGGCGCCCAGCCUGGGGCUCCUGGGGCCCAGCCUGGGGCUCCCGGGGCCUACCCUGGAGCUCCAGGAGCACAGGCACCCUAUCCUGGGGCUCCUGGGGCCCAGCCUGGGGCUCCCGGGGCCUACCCUGGAGCUCCAGGAGCACAGGCACCCUAUCCUGGGGCUCCCGGCGUCCAGCCUGGGGCUCCCGGGGCCCAGCCUGGGGCCCAGGCGCCUUAUCCCGGAGCACCUGGGGCAUAUCCUGGGGCUCCUGGAGCCCAGGCACCUUAUCCUGGAGCUCCUGGGGCUUAUCCUGGAGCUCCUGGGGCCCAGGCACCCUAUCCUGGGUUUUAUCCUGGAGCUCAGGCACCUUAUCCUGGGGCCCCUGGGGCCCAAGCACUCUAUCCUGGAGCCCCGGGGGCCCAGCCCGGAGUUUCCGGAGCCCCCGGGGCCCAGCCUGGAGCCCCCGGGACCCAACCAACUUAUCUUGAGGCCCAGCCUGGAGUUCCUGGGGCUGAGGCAGGCUAUCCUGGAGCUCCUGGGGUUCAGCAAGGUGUUCCUGGGGACCAGGGAGUUUAUCCUGGAGCUGCGACUGGAGUUCCUGGGGCGCAACCUGGAUUUCCUGGGCCCCCUGCAUUCUAUUUUGGAGCCCAGCCUGGACCUCCUGAUGCCCAAGCCGAUUAUUUUGGACAGCCUGUGCUUCCCUGGGCCGUGCCUCCUGGAUUUGCGCCUGCUGCAUCGCUUGUUUUGCCCGGAGCAGGCCAACUCGUGCUCCCACCUGGACCCGCACUUGGCGCUACGCCCCCAGCAUCUCCGCUGUUCCCUUCCACAACCCCUCUGCAGGAUUCCGAGACCCCCUCCUCCGCAACCACGUUGGCCCCAGCCCGCUACGCCGACACCCUGGAUGCCCUGCGCUCCCUCGCGCAGCUGACCGACCUCUGCUAUACGCUGAGAGACCAGAUCGGCCUGCUGGAUCAGUACAAGUGUAACCACAGCGACCUUCGCAGGCUGCAAGACUUCCUCACGGAUGCAAUUUAUAGGAGCCUUGCCCUCAUCCCACCUGACCUUCCAGACAAGCUUGCUGCAAUGAAGUCUAUGGAAGAAGACCUGAAAACUGAGAAAGCGAAGUUAAGUAGGAUUGAGAAGGUCAUGGAAGGAGAGCUGGAAGCAGAAGGUGCAGAUGAGAAAGUCGAAGGAGCUGGACAAAUCAACAUGCAGAUAGGUUAUCUCAGAGCAACAGUGCAGGAUAUAGAGAAAGAGCUAAAGGAGCUCAGAGCCAAGCAGGAUCUGGGCAAAGCCACGCUGGAACAGUCGGUGACCGACACUGCCGUUUACCUCCAAGAACAGUUAGACAAGCUUAGAACUGUCAUAGAGAACAUGAUGGCCUCGUCGUCCACCUUACUGUCCAUGAGCAUGCCACCCACCCCGGAGCCGGGGCUGGCUCAGGUCCAGGGCACAUGCGCAGCUUGCAGCUUAGAUGUCAGUGAGAAGGUUAGCCAGCUGUUCAAGCGCUAUGAGCAGCUGCAGGACUUGAUCAACAACUUCAUGUUGAGGCAGGCGGAAGGCAAACUAGCCAAGAAACCCAAGCAGCACCAGGAUGAAGAGUUGCUCAGCCACAUCCAGAGCACCAUCCUGCAAGUUCAGGAUGACUGUGAGAAGCUGAACACCACCACGGGCAAUCUCUUAGAAGACCAUCGCCAGAAGCAGAAGGAGAUCAGUUUGUUGUUCAAGUCUCUGGAGAAGCUAGAUAACAAGAAGGCCGACAAAGACCACAUAGUGACAGAAAUUGACGUGAAAGCAGACAAGACCGCCCUUGCUGCGAAGGUCAGCCGCACCCAAUUUGAUGCCACCACUGAACAGCUGCACAAGAUGAUGCAGGAACUGUUAAACAAGAUGGCCGGCCAAGAGCAAGACUGGCAGAAAAUGCUCGACAAGCUCUUGAUUGAAAUGGACUCCAAGCUGGACCGCUUAGAACUGGAUCCAUUCAGACAGCAGCUGGAGGAGCGCUGGAAGGAUAUUCGGAAGCAGCUGAAGCAGAGGGUGCCACAAGAUUUAGGAGAUGAAGCUGCCGGGAUCAGAAGGAGACUACUGGCUCAUUUCCACUGCAUUUCCUGUGACCGACCCUUGGAAAUGGUGGUGCCUGGCCCGCACAUCACAACACUCCCCGCUGUGCCAGGUUUACCUGCUCACCAGUCCCUCCGGCCGUACAUGGUUUAUGAAUUGGAACAAAUCAGGCAGCUGAACCGCAGCCUGAAGUUAGGACCCGGUGCUCGUUUUGAUGCACUGGAGAAGAGCGCGAGUCUCAACAAGCUCCGUCGCAUCCACUCCAAGAUGCUCAUGGACAUUCAGAAGGUGCAGAGCCAUUAUGGCGGUGGAGCAGCAAAAGUCAACGCUCAGAUGAUCAGGGAGAUCCUGCAGUCCCAAUGUCUUGGCUCAAGCCCGUACGGCAGACGUGACCGACUUCCUGAGAUGGCCGACUACAGCUACGUCAGUGUCCCUCGGCACUGUGGAGGCAGCCACACCCUCACGUACCCCUACAGGCGCUAUGGGAAACUGCAGCAGCUUGCCCAAUGUAUGCCUCCCGUCCAAACGGACGAAAAUGCCAUGCUGGCAAUGAUGAAGCAUGAAGAGGUAGAUAUCCUGGGUCUGGAUGGUCAUAUUUACAAAGGACGGAUGGACAUGCAGCUCCCUUCCAUCACCGGAAAGGACACUCCUUUUAGAUCAAGAAACAAGCUCAUUCGGUCCUCCUCACAAAGGCACCAGCCUACACUCAGUGACCUGGCUAAUCUCCCGGCUCGUCCCCACACCGCUAAAGUCUCUUUGCGCAGCUUGUCAGCUAAGUCAAUAGGGGACAAGUCCAUGGCUCGUGUAAGGGUCAAUGAAGAUGGCAGAGAAGCUCUCGAGCUGCGCAUGGAAGUUCCUUCAAGACAACGGGCUGAUGAGCAAUCCACCUAAGCAGAGCGACCCUCGCCUUAUGCUUCAAUGAGAACAUGGCUCUCACCGCUGAAAGCCAGACAAUAAAGAGUGAACAAAACAGGAAGAAAACUGUACAGACCUACUGCUGCCACAGGAACACGGCCCACAGCAGGGGCAGCCUCUAGUGCUUCCAUAUAGUGUUCGUGGGGGAAAGAAG